UCGGUCCUCCUCCUCCUCGGUUGUACUUGCACCGGGCAGCUAGCAACGGCGUGGCGCAGCGUCUAACCUCCGACACUGGGAAGCAGCUGUGUGACUCAAAUAACCGAAACUAACUUCAAGUGGACACGACUUUGAAGAAAGAAUCCAGAAACCAUGUCUAGUUACCACAAACCCGACGAGAAAACUCUGCAGGGGCUGAAAGAUGUCGCCAAUAAGCUCAGGAUCCACUCCAUCAACGCUACAUGCGCCUCUAACUCUGGUCACCCCACAUCAUGCUGCAGUGCAGCAGAGCUCAUGUCUGUGCUCUUCUUCCACACCAUGCGCUAUAAAGCCGAUGAUCCUCGCAACCAGUGUAACGACCGCUUUGUGCUCUCAAAGGGUCAUGCUGCACCUGUCCUGUAUGCUGCCUGGGCAGAGGCAGGUUUUGUGAAGGAGUCUGAUCUGCUCAACCUGCGCAAGAUUGACUGUGACCUGGAGGGGCACCCAACACCAAAACUGGCUUUUGUUGACGUGGCAACAGGAUCUCUUGGCCAGGGUCUUGGGGCUGCCUGUGGGAUGGCCUACACUGGCAAAAACUUUGAUAAAUCCAGUUACCGUGUAUACUGCAUGCUGGGUGAUGGAGAGUGUUCAGAGGGCUCGGUGUGGGAGGCCAUGGCCUUUGCCUCCUACUACCAGCUGGACAACUUGGUGGCUAUCCUUGAUGUCAAUCGGCUCGGUCAGAGUGAGGCAGCACCCUUGAAGCACGACAUGGAGACAUACCGCAAACGCUGUGAAGCCUUUGGGUGGAACACAUAUGUUGUGGAUGGACAUGAUGUGGAGGAGCUGUGCAAAGCUUUCUGGCAGGCUCAGCAGGUCAAGGGCAAACCCACUGCCAUCGUUGCCAAGACAUUCAAGGGCAAAGGACUCAAAAAUAUUGAGGAUCUUGAUAACUGGCAUGGAAAGCCCAUCCCUAAAGACCGUGUGAACGACCUCCUGAAUGACCUGCAGGCUCAGAUCCAGGUCCCCAACAAGACCCUGUGCCCUGAACUGCCCAAUGAUGACACUGCACCUGCUGACCUUAGCCCCAUCUCCCUGCCCUCACCCCCAGCCUACAAAAAGGGAGACAAGAUGGCAACAAGGAAAGCAUAUGGUGUAGCUCUGGCCAAGCUGGGACAGGCAAGCAAGAGAGUGGUGGCUCUUGAUGGAGACACCAAAAACUCCACCUUCUCAGAGACCUUCAAGAAGGCCUUCCCCGACCGCUACAUUGAGUGUUUCAUCGCUGAACAGAAUAUGGUUGGAGUGGCCAUUGGCUGUGCCACCCGUGACCGCACAGUUGCAUUUGCCAGCACGUUUGCUGCCUUCCUGUCGAGAGCCUAUGACCAGAUCCGUAUGGGAGCCAUCUCCCAGACAAAUGUCAACCUGGUAGGGUCCCACUGCGGAAUCUCUAUCGGCGAGGAUGGUCCUUCCCAGAUGGCCCUAGAGGACUUAGCAAUGUUCCGUGCCAUCCCAACAUGUACUGUGUUCUACCCCAGUGACGCAGUGUCCACAGAGAGGGCUAUCGAGCUAGCAGCCAACACAAAGGGUAUCUGUUUCAUCCGCACCAGUAGACCAGAGACUGCUGUCAUCUACUCACCAGAUGAGAAGUUUGAAGUGGGUGUAGCCAAGGUGGUCCGCAAGUCUGACAACGACAAGGUCACUGUGAUUGGAGCUGGUAUUACUCUGCAUGAGGCCCUUGCUGCUGCUGAUAUGCUGGCCAGUGAAGGAAAGAACAUCAGAGUGAUUGACCCGUUCACCAUCAAGCCCCUGGAUGCCUCUACCAUUCUGGCCAGUGCGAGAGCCACAGGGGGACAGAUCAUCACUGUGGAGGACCACUACAAGGAGGGUGGUCUUGGUGAAGCUGUGCUGUCGGCAGUGGGCACCGAGCCCGGCAUCAUUGUGAACCGGCUGGCAGUUUCUGGUGUUCCCCGCAGCGGAAAGCCCCAAGAGCUGCUGGAUAUCUUCGGCAUCAGCGCCAAGCACAUCGCUAACGCCGUGCGCCAGACCUUUGCAAACUAAGGACUGCACCUUUUCUCCCACUUGUUGCUCUGUUGAGUCUCAAUCAACUUUCUGCCUAACUUAAUAGCUCCCUGGCAUGAUCACGUGAAGACCUGUUUAACUCCUCUGUGCCCAAGUGCCAUCUUGCGGCUUUGACUCGAGUGCAGUUUACUAACCUUAUCACUAUCACAGCUGGAGAGAGAUGGGGAUAGGAGUGUAUUGUGGUCAGAGCCUGUAGUGGUAAUGAUAUUCCUACCUAUAUGCACCUUCUAGUACCCUCUUCACGGAUGGUUUCUGUUCUCCCUGCGACAUUCCUUUCUUGAAUCCUGUAUCUUAUUUUCAAAUGGUGUCUUGUAAGUGCUACGUUGACAAUUGGAUUUAAAACCAUCAGCCUGUCCACAUUCAGGCCACAACUUCUAUCGCAUUCCAAACAUCAUUUCUUUCCCACAUUCCUGACACCCAUUCCUCGUGUCCUCUCACUUGGCUGUCCUUUUCCAAGAAGCACUGUUACGGUUUGUCAUAAAUCUAAUGUAGAGAUUAACGUUUGUAGUUUGUAUUCAGUCAGUCUUUAAUGCUUCAGCUGCAGUAGAGAACUGUUCUUCAAAGACCCCGGGAGUGUGAAGUCUGACCAGUUUAAUAAUGAACCAUGUGAUCAUUCCUCUCAUGAUCCCUGACCACAUGGGCAUCACACAGUGUUGUUGCCGUUCCCUGUCACCUGUUGUGCUAUUAUUGCGUGAUGUGCUGAAUUAAAAAAUAAUUAACCUAA